AUGAACCAGCUCUGCCUCUCUGCAGCCCUUCUCGUCCUCCUGGGCACCCUGGUGGCUGGCACCCCAGGGGCUGAAACUAGCAAACAGGCCCAGGGGCUGUCCGGGAGCUUUAUCCUUUACAAUAACUGGGGACACUCUGCAGCUGUCUUCUGCCUGGAGCCUCCAUACACGGGUCCCUGCAAGGCCAAAAUCAUCAGGUACUUCCACGACACCAAGUCCGGGUUCUGCGAGACCUUUGUAUAUGGUGGCUGCAAUGCUAAGAACAAAAACUUCAAGAUGGGGGAGGACUUUGUGAGGACCUGCGGUGGUACCAUCAGGCCCGGGGGAGAAGUGGCAGCAAUGUCCUUUGAAAGCAUGGACUGA